AUGCCUUUGUUUCUCGCGUUGCACUCUUCCUUCUCUCUCCACCCUUCUUUCCUCUCCUUCGCCCUACAGUUUCUUGUCAACAUCCACAGAUAUUCCACCGUUAUCAUGCGAGGCGAGAUCUGCCACAUCCAUCUUGGCCAAGCGGGCACCCAGCUGGGCAACGCCGCCUGGGAACUGUAUCUCCUCGAGCAUGGGCUGAAGCCUGACGGCUACAUCGACCCUGGAGUGACCGACGAGACCGCAAAGACUGGGUCAUACGAGACGUUCUUCACUGAAACGUCUAAUGGCAAAUACGUGCCUCGCUCUAUCUUUGUGGAUCUUGACCCUUCGCCCAUUGAUGAAAUCCGCACGGGGACCUACCGCCACCUUUUCCACCCCGGACAACUGAUAAGUGGGAAGGAAGACGCUGCGAACAACUAUGCGCGUGGUCACUACACCGUUGGGCGGGAAAUCCUGGGCGCUACGGCCGAUAGUAUUCGCCGUGUGGUUGGUAUGUUUUCCCAGCGGGAAUCAAGUCAUUCAGCUAAACUUUCGUUAGAGAACUGCGACUCCAUGCAAGGAUUCCUGAUCUUCCACUCGUUUGGGGGAGGUACUGGGUCCGGGUUUGGAUCGCUGCUGCUGGAGCACAUCACCAAGAUGUAUGGCCGCAAGUCGAAGCUCGAGUUCUCGAUCUACCCAUCAAAGGAAACUUCAACCUCGGUCGUGGAGCCUUACAACUCCGUCCUGUCGACUCACAGCACAAUCGAGAAUUCUGACUGCACCUUUCUGGUCGACAACCAAGCCGUGUACGACAUCUGCCGCCGCCACCUGGAUAUCCCACGCCCGGGCUUUGAGCACUUGAAUCGCCUGAUAGCUCAGGUGGUGAGCUCAAUCACCUCAAGCUUGCGUUUUGACGGUGCUUUGAACGUGGACCUUGCCGAAUUCCAAACGAACCUCGUGCCAUACCCUCGCAUCCAUUACCCCCUGAUCUCCUACGCCCCGGUAAUCAGUAGUGAGCGUAGCUCUCAUGAAAGCUUCAAGGUGCAGGAUCUCACGUUCGAGUGUUUCAAGCCUAACAACCAAAUGGUCGCCUGCGACCCUCGACAGGGCAAGUACAUGGCAAUUGCACUCCUUUACAAAGGGGAUGUUGUACCUCAUGAAUGUACCCAGGCUGUCCAUGCACUGAAGACCCGAGGUACGUUCAGCUUGGUUGAAUGGUGUCCAACUGGAUUUAAGUUGGGCAUCAACUACCAAAAGCCGGUCCGUCGCCCCAACGACGAACUUGCAAGUGUCGACCGCUCGGUGAGUAUGUUGUCGAACACGACCGCUAUCGCGCAGGCGUGGAGUCACCUCGACCACAAGUUUGAUCUCAUGUAUUCGAAGCGUGCCUUUGUGCAUUGGUAUGUCGGUGAGGGCAUGGAGGAGGGAGAGUUUUCUGAGGCCAGAGAGGAUCUUGCAGCCCUGGAAAAAGACUACGACGAGGUGGCUGCGGAGGGCAACCAGGGGGAUGAAGGAGCUGAGCAUUGA